AUGUUCCUCUGGCGCACCAAAUCUCACCAUAGCCAGGCUUCCACCGAGCAGGAUGCCUCGCUCGCGCGCACGGCUUCCGCAUCGAAGAACGACGCCUCGGCCUCGGCUUCGCAGGCUGCAGGCACCGCAUGGCUUGCGGGCCAUCUGAAACACCUGACGCCGGAGCAAGAAGACAAACUGCGAGAGUUUAAGGAUGUUUGUGCGGAGCGCAAAUAUUACACCCCGGCUGGGGAGGGCGCUGAUGCGAAGCCGCCCAGCCAUGAUGAUGCUACUAUGCUACGAUUCCUGCGAGCCCGCAAGUUCGAUGUGGAAGGCGCAUGGGGACAAUUCAAAGACACGGAAGACUGGCGCCGCGACAAUUCCAUCGAGUCGCUGUAUGAGAAUAUCCGCGUGGACUCGUACGAAGCAGCGCGACGGAUGUACCCGCAAUGGACUGGCCGCCGCGAUCGCCGCGGAAUCCCUGUCUACGUCUUUGAGAUCCGCCACCUGAACUCUAAGGAGAUGGCCGCAUACAACUCUACAAUGAGCACCGGCACCCCCGACACGCACAAGUCUUCGACCGUCCCCGCGCGCUUGCUCAAUUUGUUCGCCCUGUACGAGAACCUUCUCCGGUUCGUCAUGCCUCUGUGCUCGUCGCUGUCGAGGCCCAAUCCCGAAACACCUAUCGUGACCUCGACCAACAUCGUCGAUGUGAGCGGCGUAGGGCUGAAGCAGUUCUGGAACCUGAAGAGCCACAUGCAAGACGCCAGUGUACUUGCGACGGCUCACUACCCCGAGACUCUGGACCGGAUUUUUAUCAUCGGUGCCCCGGCCUUUUUCCCUACUGUCUGGGGCUGGAUCAAGCGCUGGUUCGACCCGGUGACGACAUCGAAAAUCUUCAUUCUGUCUGCUCCCGAAGUGAAACCUACUCUCAGCUCCUUCAUGGACCCGUCUAGCUUCCCGAAGCAGUACGGCGGCGAACUCGACUGGCAGUGGGGUGAUAUGCCCAACCUGGACGAGCCUGCUCGUGAGAAGCUGCAGGGCUUGGAACAGCCCGCCGCCGAGGGCCAGACCAAGAAGGAGAUUCUCAAGGGGCCGCUACUGUUCCAGGGCAACCAGAUCGACGUGCUGGGCACGGAGAAUGGAAAGGAGCGGAGGGCGACUAUCCCGGUUCCUCAGCAGGAAACGUUGGAAUCUGAGACCAAUGGCGCCGCCACAGCAGAUCAAAUCCCCUCAACUGCUGCGGAGGAUAACGAGAAAACCGGCGGGGAGAAUGUCGCCGUCAAUGUGAACCAGGUACCAUGCAAUGAGACCCCGAACACAGUUGCCGCAUAG